AUGUGGUACGCUGAUGGCACGUUGUACGUCGGAUAUUGGGACAUGGACAAGAGAGACGGUUUAGGCAUGUUUGUACAAGUAAACAGAAAUCGUUACGAAGGGCAUUGGUACGGUGAUAAAAAGAACGGUUUAGGUCGAUUCUACCACAUGAAUACUGGUCAGCUGCAAGAAGGCGUUUGGGAGAACGACGUCUGCGUAAAGUCUAAGAUGUUGGAUAUCGAAGUGCGACAGUUCUGCAACUAUCCCACACAGUAUCCCAUUCGUGCGGAAACCCUUUGCGAUUCGCGGAAACUUCUAGAAGAAAGUGAACUUUGGCUUAAUCAGACAUUGGGUGACAUUGACAAACAAUUACAAAACUGCAUUCGU